AUGGACGGGAGAAGUUUACUCUGCGAGAGCGCAAACAAAGUGGUAAUAAAUAAAUGCACAGGGACGGAUGUCAUUAACAAACCGAAAAUAGCCAGUCCGACGAAUGUGUUGUGUUUAUUGCAACUUUGGAUGCGUCGAAACAGAUUGAGAGUACAGCACAUGGAUGUGAGUGUGUUAUUGUCUACCAUCAUAUCUGAUCCGAUAGUUACUACUGAUAAUCGUCUUACUCUUAGGAGACGAAAAGAAGUUAGAAGGUCAAACACAUGUUCGCGCAUUCAUUUAGAUGAGUCAAGCAGCGAGACUAUUGGUUCAUCAUCAGAUGGAUCAUGA